UACACAGUGCCCACUCCUCUUUGAUGCGACAUUGAUUAAAAAAUUUGUGAACCCCUCGUGUGAGGGGCUGUAGAUUGUACAUGUUCAAUGCAGAAAUCAGAAUGGUUCCUUUUCAACUGCCCAUAAUUUUCAACCAUAAAUAUCUGUAUAAUAAUUGUACACACAACAUAGAGCGUAAAGCGUUGGGAGUUGCUAAAUAAACAGAGAGAUAUUGAAGAAUGGCAGGGGGGUGGUGGCGGGAGAACUUGAGAGAGUUGAGGCCACUGUUGCACCUUCUUUUGCCAUUAUGUGUGCACUGGGUUGCUGAAGAAAUGACUGUUUCUGUGUUGGUUGAUGUCACCACUAAUGCUCUUUGUCCUGGCCAGAAAACUUGCUCUCAGGCAAUUUACAUCAAUGGUCUGCAGCAAACGGUUGUUGGGAUAUUCAAGAUGUUUGUACUUCCGCUCUUAGGACAGCUUGCUGAUGAGCAUGGGCGUAAACCGCUGCUUCUUCUCACUGUAUCUACAACAAUUAUUCCAUUCACUUUACUUGCUGUUGAUCAAUCAAAAGGAUCUGUUUAUGCCUAUUAUGUGCUCCGGACAAUCUCUUAUAUCAUAAGUCAGGGGAGCAUUUUCUGCAUUUCUGUUGCUUAUGCAGCAGAUGUCGUGGAUGACAGUAAGCGGCCUGCAGCUUUUAGUUGGAUCACAGGCCUGUUCUCUGCAUCCCAUGUCACAGGGAAUGCCUUAGCACGUUUUCUUCCAGAAGGUUACAUUUUUGAGGUCUCAAUAGCUCUAUUGAUCUUUGUUCCUGUUUACAUGGCACUGUUCCUGACAGAAACAGUAAGGCCAACUCAAAAAGCAGACCAGCAUAUUCCUUUGUUAAAUAAAGCAUUUAAUGUUGUUCAGGAACGAUAUUACUCAAUGAAAAAUGCUGUUAUCAUUGUUACCAGCAGCUCGACGCUUAAAUGCAUUUCUCUUGUUUCCUUCUUCUAUGAAUUGGGAAUGUCUGGCAUCAGCAGUGUCUUACUGUAUUAUUUAAAAUCAGCAUUUGGCUUCAACAAAAAUCAAUUUUCAGAAAUCUUGAUGGUGGUGGGUGUCGGUUCAAUUUUUUCUCAGAUUCUGGUUCUUCCCCUUCUCAAUCCACUGGUUGGAGAGAAACUGAUACUCUGUGCAGCCUUGCUCGCUUCCAUAGCAUAUGGACUGCUUUAUGGCUUGGCCUGGGCAUCUUGGGUGCCCUAUUUAAGUGCUUCGUUCGGGGUAAUCUACAUCCUCGUGAAGCCUUCUACUUAUGCAGUUGUAUCCAAAUCAUCAAACUCAGCGGAUCAGGGGAAAGCUCAAGGAUUUAUUGCUGGCGUGCAAUCCAUUGCAAGUUUAUUAUCUCCACUGGCAAUGACUCCGUUAACCACAUGGUUUCUAUCCAGCAAUGCUCCUUUUGACUGUAAAGGCUUCAGUAUUAUAUUUGCAUCUAUAAGCAUGGUCAUUUCCCUGUGUUUUGCCUGGACUCUAAAACUAGAUGCUCCAUCCAACAGGAUAUUAGAGGACAACGCGGAAAGCAUUGAAGCCCCUCUUUUAUCAUAAGCAUCACCGAAACUUGCCAACAUGUGUGACAUGUUCAAUAAAUUAGAUUAGACAAUACUGGACGUUACCGAGGAAGAAAAAUAAGUUAAAAUCUUGUCCAUUGUAUAUUGUAAUCUUGUCAUGUGUAUCAUACAUGGCCAUAUAGUCUACUAAUGAUGCCAUGGUGAAUGCUUUUCUUCUCCUUUAAAAGUUGUACAUGUGGAUGAGGCAGUUAUAUUAGUUUUGUUAGUAUUCACGAGAGCGUUUCUCUACAUAUAGAUGUUCUCGUUCAAGUAAAAUUUCUCUUUCUUUG